AUAAUUGCCACACUUGAUUCCCAGUUGUUCUUCACGGCAACAAGAAAAAGAAAUAGAAAUGGCAAAGAAAGAGGAGUUCUUGAAGGAACAUGAAUAUUUGAACGAGAAAGAAGUGUCCCGCUCUGACUUCCCUCCUGAUUUUAUCUUUGGAGUUGCUACUUCUGCUUAUCAGAUUGAAGGAGCCAGCAACGAAGGUGGCAGGGGUCCUUGUAUAUGGGACGCUUUUGCGCAGUCUAAAGGAAACAUACUUGAUGGAAGCAAUGGUGAUGUAGCAGUGGAUCAUUAUCAUCGAUACAAGGAAGAUAUUGAGAUCAUAGCCAAACUGGGGUUUGAUGCUUAUCGAUUUUCCAUAUCAUGGUCUCGAAUCUUCCCCGAUGGUUUGGGAACCAAAGUCAACGAUGAAGGGAUUGCUUUCUACAAUAAUGUCAUUAAUGCUCUUCUUGAAAAAGGUAUUCAGCCAUAUGUAACUUUGUACCACUGGGACCUUCCCCUGCAUCUUCAGGAGUCAAUGGAAGGGUGGUUAAAUAAAGAAGUUGUAAAAUAUUUUGCAAUCUAUGCAGAUACUUGUUUUGCAAGUUUUGGUGAUAGAGUUAAGCACUGGAUCACACUUAAUGAGCCUCUCCAAACAGCAAUAAAUGGUCAUGACUCUGGGAUUUUUGCACCUGGAAGACAUGACCAACCAUCAACAGAACCUUAUUUGGCUUCACACCACCAGAUCUUGGCCCAUGCAGCUGCUGUUUCCAUAUACCGAAACAAGUACAGGGACAAGCAAGGGGGAGAAAUAGGAUUGGUCGUUGACUGUGAAUGGGCAGAAACUGGUUCAAACAAAACAGAAGAUAAAGUUGCAGCAUCUCGACGCCUCGAAUUUCAGCUUGGAUGGUACUUGAAUCCAUUAUAUUACGGAGACUAUCCAGAAGUUAUGCGUGAAAUACUGGGAGAACGGCUCCCAAAAUUCACGGAGGAAGAUAAGGAGUUGCUUAGAAACCCAAUGGACUUUGUAGGUCUAAAUCAUUACACUUCAAGGUUCAUAACUCAUGCAACAGAGAGCCCUGAAGAAUCCUAUUACUAUAAAGCACAAUCGAUGGAGAGAAGAGCUGAAUUUGAAGGGGGCGAGCCAAUUGGUGAGAAGGCAGCAUCAGAGUGGCUUUAUGUUUGUCCUUGGGGACUCCGGAAGGUUCUCAAUUACCUAGCUCAGAAAUACAACAAUCCCACAGUAUAUGUUACAGAGAAUGGUAUGGAUGAUGAUGACAUUGAUGCCCCACUUCAUGAAGUUCUGGAUGACAAUCUGAGAGUUCGCUAUUAUAAAGGAUACCUUGCUUCAGUUGCUCAGGCAAUCAAGGAUGGAGUACAAGUGAAGGGAUAUUUUGCAUGGUCAUUACUGGACAACUUUGAGUGGGCUCAAGGUUAUACCAAGCGUUUCGGUUUGGUGUAUGUGGAUUACAAGAAUGGGCUCUCUCGGCACCCAAAAUCUUCUGCUUAUUGGUUCUUGCGGUUCUUAAAAGGUGUUGAAGGGAAAAGCGGCAAAGAAGAGUGAUGGACGGCAUGUAUUUAUGCUGCUAGUAGAAAGAAUAAACUCCUGUUUUUAAGCAAGCAUCAAUGAGCUGCAAAACAGGAUUAUUGAACUAGCCAGCCUGAUAUAAUCCUGUCUAGUCAGAGUAUUGUUUGAUUUCAACGAAGGGACUUCUUAUGUGCUUCUUUUAUGUCUGAAACUGCAUCUCUUAGUUAAUCAGACGUCUUAUGGUUAACUGGUUCACGGCUAGCUCUUCCUUGCUAUUUCUUGCCAGCCAAAAAAAAAAAAAAAACCAGCAGACGUUAUGCA